AUAUCUGUGGACCACAUAUAGAUAAUAAUUUAGUUUAUUAUAUACAUAGACAAGACAUAUAAUAUGUCUAUGAUUAUAUAUUAUCUUAACUGCAUCGAGAUAGAUAACAAUAUUGUUAUCUAUCUCGAUGCCAAACUGUGGAUUCGACUAUCAACAAGUGUAAACAGUAAACACUAAACGACUAUCAGAUUUUUUUACACAAAGCGGCACAGAUUACAGUCGUUAGUCCAUUAACGAAUGUCUAAUGAAGUAUUCACUGUAUUAUUUAUUUUCGUGGUAACGAACUAACUACUUACGAGACUCGGGGAAAGACUUAAGUGUUUUGAACUUGGGUAGUGUAAAUUGUGAUGUUAAAACUUACCAACUCUAAAUAGAUUAGUUUACAUAAGCUGGAAUUCAUAACGGUUUAAAUUAAUCGAAUAUAUCAUUUAAAAAAAUAUUCUAUAAUACCUAUGUAUGUCUGUAAUUUUUAAUUGUAUAAAAAGAUAUAUUAAUUUAAAUAUAAAAUUAUGGAGAGAAAGACUCGUAGGAUGAAAAUGAAGACAGUGGAAAGUUUAGUCUGUUUAGUAAAAUCAGUAGAAAAUCAAUAUACUACUAUUGAUUUACAAAACGAAACUUCUGUGUAUGGACUUGUUAAAGAAGUUGAUUGGUACCUAUUACAUAAUGAUAUGAACGUGACCUUAUGUGAUGUUACUCUUACUGAUCCAAAUGGUAAUAGAUAUUCCUGUGAUAAUUUUUUUUUAAAAUCAAGAUUGAUACGUUAUGUUCAUUUAUCUCGAACAAUUGAUAUAUUUCAAGCUAUGAAAGGCGUAAUUAGAAAAACAUUUCCUGCUAGAGUUAAGAAACCAACAGCUUAUUCCUUCAAGAAAAAGAAAACAAUGGCUAGACAAGAACAACUUAAAAGGGAAGUACAAAAUAUGAACAGUAGUAAAGAUGAUAAAUCCUAGUUAUAUUAUACAUUGUUAAUUUAAGAUAUUUUUUUAAUUGUAGACAUCAGAUAUGAUUAAAAACUAGUUUUUCAAUAUAAUAAUUAUGUAUGUCAUAGUUUGCUUUAAAUACGCUAACUAAAAUAUACAUCUGAAUAUAAUA